GUUUCACUUAGUUUUAAUGCGCAGUUCCCAAGAUGGAGGCAGCGCUGGGGCCACGCGAGUUGCUCGGGCUGGUGGCAGGGCUCCUACUGCUGCCUCCAAGCCUUUUCGCCCCGGAUCCGACAGCCGCCUUCUCCCGGGUGGUGAGCCAGGAAAACAUCAAGAUUAAAGUAAAUAUAUUAGAAAACACCGGGGAUGUUCAGGAAAGACAGGUUGUCCUUAAUAUUACUUACGUGAACGGUCAGGUGUAUGUAAAUGACUUUCCACUGAAGAGCGGAGUCACACGGAUAAAAUGUCAAACUUUAAUCUUGAAGAAUGGAAACCAUGAUACCUUAUUGGAUCAGAAGCAGUUAGGAAUUGUCAGCGUUCGCAUUAUGAUCCACGAAUGGCCAUUGGCAUCCAGCUCCAACUUGCAAUUGAUUGUUGUUCAAGAAGAAGUGACAGAUAUAGAUGAAAAACAGGUUAAACAAGAUGAAGUGAUAGAAAUAGACCUAUUGGUAAAGGAUCAGCAAGUCCUGAGACAUACAAAUUACACCGUGCCUCUGGAGGAAAGCAUGCUGUAUUCCAGCCCAAGGAACAAUGAUAUUUUGUUUACACUUCCAAACUUUGCAGGAAAAGAUGUUGAAAGUCCUCUACAAACUACCAGUCACUAUCUUCUCAGGCAAGUAGAAACUACUGUAGAUGAACAGACAAUGCCUGGCAAAUUGCCAGAGACUCCACUCAGAACAGAGUCACCAUCAUCUUAUAAGGUGAUGUGCCAGUGGGUGGAAGAUCUGAGAAAGGAGCUUUGUACAUUUUGGCUCAAGUCUUUUCCUGUGUUCUUUAAUUUUAUGGAAGUCGUCGUGGUUGGAGUUGUAGGGGCAACUUUAAUCAUCAAAAUAUUAAAAAUGUUUUGUCCCUCGUGUGAAAGCAAGGGAAUCCUUCAACUUGAUGCCAAUGUCAUCCCUGUGGCUGCAAUAAGUUUACUUCCAGCUAUUCCAGAGAAGAUAAACAACAUAGAGGAAAAAUGUAUUUAAAAAAACAUGAGUAAUUAUUUGAGUUUGUUGACCUAAUGAACUUGGCACUUGGAUCUUAAUAUAUUACUUAAUUCAGCCUUCCGAAUGUACUGCCCUCUAGACUUUGGGACUACAAUUCCCAGUAUUCAUAAAUAAUUGCAGUUGUGACAUAUCUAGAGGACUCUAGUUUGGGAACUGUUGAUUUCACAACAGUUCUCAGCCUGCUGUUUUUAUUAAAUUUAUGAAUGAUUCAUAUUUAAAGGACAAUUAAGGCUGAGGCCCAGAAUAAUUUUUGGAUUUUUUUUCAUUUCAACCAUUAUAAUAUACUGUAUUCUUGACCGCAAAAACUUUCCUUACAAAAGAACUUCAAUAAGUUCUAAGUUCAGUGAAAUAAUUUCCUGCUCCCUGAAAUGAUACCCUGUAUCUUCCCAACUACUGGCUACAGGACACACCGGGCUAAUCCAGGAAAUUUGACUCAGACUAAUGGAACAGAAUAAGUAGCAUCAACAGGAGUAUAGACUUGUGAUAAUCCUAAAAGCUAUUUUAGGCCUUUAAGUGUGCCUUAUGGGAGAAGUCAAAAGCAAAAGAGUUUUCAUACUGCUCUGAUAAUAAACAGUGGUGCAAUUUU